AUGGGACACUCGACUUGGUUCAACAAGUCGACCAGUGGGAUUAGCGGGAGCAUCACCCAUAUGAUGUAUUCGAUGCUCCAGACGGGAUAUGACAAGUGGACUUCGAUCCCUUCCUCGGAACGGGAGUUGUGGUUUCGUCAGUUCGCGCAAGAAUUUACUUGGGACUCCGGCCUGACGGAAAUAGUCCGUCAGCACUGGGAGAAGGAAGAGACUAUAGAGAAGUCUCUACAGAACUCCGCCAACCGGAAGAGCGAUAGUGGCGGGAAAGGUAUUUACGUGCACAACCUCGGCGCUUGCAAAAACGAUGGUAAUCCCGUCGAUCAUCUCGUCGUCAUUAAGGAGGCGUACACCAACAAAGAGACGGGUCAAAUUCAGGACCCGGUGAUCAGAGAGGUCAUUGAGAUGGUGGAAUCUCAAAAAGAAGCUUUUCUAGCUUCUCAGCAGCCUCUUUCUGACGACGAUUCUAGGGGUGCUUCGAACAACAUGUCCCGACUGCAAAUCAACGAGCUGGUUGAAAAGAAAAAGGGUCGUUUGGUAGGGUUGGCCCGUCGUGCUUCUUCAUGUCCGAAUUCUUCAUCUCAAGUCCCGUACGCCGAUCCUUUGAUUUUAGAGCAGCUACAGAACAAGGAUCAACGGAUUGGAGCAUUGGAGGAGCAGAAUGCUACAAUCCUUGCUGAGUUGGCGGAUCAGAAGAAGACCAACCUCGAGAUAAUGCAGAAGUUGGAUCGUUUGUUCCCGGAUCAGUAG